AAUAAUAAGAAAGUACUUCACUCUGGUCAAGGGGCUUCUAAUUCUGAGCAGCCCCACAUAUCUAGAGAUCUCCACGUGACAGGAGCAACUAUAUGAGAAUGCAACCAAAGCAUCAGGACCAGUAGUAGCCUACCACUUCAUCUCAGCUCGACGCGCAGAUGCAGACAAUCUAGAGGAGAAUCUACUGGCUUUGUAUCCUUUGCUUUAAACCCCAACGUAAAACGGAACAUCCGAAUGGUAUAGACAAGUUUGUUUUAGUGAAAAGGGACAAGCUUUCACCGGGGAAACAGGUAUUAUCGGAAUAAUACUCGCGUGCGUCUCAAGGAGAAGGGAGAUCACUCGGACCUCUCUUCAGAAUCACUUUUCAUACAAGAGGGAUGCUGUAUGCUCCAAACCCACUGUGGCUUUCUGAAGGAACUUAGAAGUACUGAAGUGGAUUUAGACUGUCACAUAUGCAGCACACAAAGGGACACUUGUGAAUGAAGGAUCCGUGCACUUCAUAAAAUGAUAUUAUUCAGUGGUGAGAUACUAUGUUGUCGCUGCUCGUUUAAUGUGUGACAAAUUGGAAUCAUUCAAGAAACUGGAGGACACGAACCAGAUAAUUCAUCCCAAACACCAUUGGCACUUCUUAUUCGAGUCGGAACACCAGCCGUCCAGAUGCAGUUUCGACUUUUCUCAUUGGCUUUAAUCGUGUUGAACUGUAUGGAGUACAGCAACUGUCAAACGCAGUCAAAUCGCUGGAGGAGGAACAAAAGAGCUAGCUAUGGAGUGUACCCCAUCUGCAAGGGCUGCUCGGUGUGCUCCAAGGACAAUGGCUGCGUGAACUGCCAGCCCAAGCUCUUCCUGUUCCUGCGGAGGGAGAGGAUGAGGCAGUACGGCGAGUGUCUCCACGCAUGUCCGACGGGAUACUAUGGCGUUCGAGCUCCGGAGAUCAACACGUGCUCUCGGUGCAGGAUAGAUAACUGUGAGUCCUGCUUCAGUAAAGACUUCUGCACCAAGUGCAAGGCAGGGUUUUACCUGCACAAAGGGCGCUGCUCCGAGAAGUGCCCUGAGGGCUUUGCGGCCAUGGAGGACACCAUGGAGUGUGGAGAGGGCUGCGAGGUGGGCCAGUGGAGCGAGUGGGGGUCCUGCACCAGGAGAAACAAAACCUGUGGCUUCAAGUGGGGUCUGGAGACCCGGACGCGGCACAUCGUGAAGAAGCCGCCCAAGGACACGAUACCCUGCCCCACCAUCGCCGAGUCCAAGAGAUGCAAAAUGGCCAUUAGGCACUGCAGGAGAGGAGGAUCAGGGAAGCACCGACCCAAAGAACCAAAGAAGAAGUCUAACAAGCAGAGGCUCCGGUUCCAGGCCCAGAACCAGCACAGUGACCACCUGGCCUCCAUGCGCUCCAGCCAGUAGAGGACUGAGUCGUCGUCGUCCCCCCCACCCCCACCCCAUUGGAACCUAAACAACACAAAGCUGCUAGCUGCUGCUCCACACACCUCCACCCUCCACUC